GAAAAAAAAAACAUAAAAAUAGAAACAAGAAGACUUUCGUAUCUCCUCCUCCUUGCCAGAAAGAUAACCACUAAACAGCUUUCCACCCUCUCCUCUCUCGAAACUACGGAGCCCUAAUCUCUGGAAAACCCUAAAUUGAUCUCAAAAGUCGCAUCUUUUUCCCUCUCUUUAUGAACCCAUAAAAUAGAUCCAAUCUCCCCUUUUUUUCCCUGAGAUUCCGACAUUGAAUCUCGCGAAAUCAAAACAAAUCGAUGGCGAAAGGUACAUCCACAGGGGAGACGAUGAUUCGGACAGGCUGCAAGAGAGAGUUGCAGUUCAUGUUGAAAUCUCAGUCCGAGAUCUGUGGAGGCGAGUCUCUUGGCCGCACACGCGGAAGCAAAAGCACCGACUCCAAAAGACCCACCCGUUGUCUCCGUUCCGGGUCCAAGAAGAAGAUUCGUCUCGACGAGGUUGAUGUUGAUGUUGAUGUUGUUGCAAUGUCUGAAGAUGAGGAGGAGGAGAAGAGUGACGUUGUUGAUGAUGUUGUUGAGGAAGAAGGGAAGGGGCUGUUUAGUGAGAUUGAGUCUGAGGAGAAGAAGAUUGAGAGUGGGUGUUGUGGUGAUGACGUGGCGAUUAAUGAGGAAGAAGAAGAGAAACAGUCAAGGGAGGAGGAGAUUGAGAAGAUGGAAGUUGAAGUGGGUGAGAAGGAAUGUUCGAGUGUGGUUAGGAGAGAGAUUGUUAUGGGUUGUCCUGCUUCUGGUUUUAGUGAGUUUGUUAAGCUUACUUCGAGAUCUUGUUUUGUUAAGUUGGAUGGUUCUUUGGGUUUUAAAAAGCCUGGCAGGAGGUUGACUCGGUCUAGGUUGAAUGCUGAAGGUAGCAAACCUGAGGCUGAUGGUGAUAAAGAUCAUGCAAAUCAAGACAAGGAAGCUAAUGGUGACGAAGAUCGUAUAGAUCAACAAAGGGAAGGUAAAGAUAGUUGUUGUGUUGCUAAUGGUGACAAAGAUCAUAUAGAUCAAGAAAAGGAAGCUAAAGAUAGUGAAGAUAGUUGUGUUGAUGCUUCUGCUAUAGUGGGAUAUGGGAAAGAGGAGGAGGUUCAUGAGAAAAACAGUGUGGAUCCAUGCCAUGUGGAUAAGAAGGGUGUAAGUGAUGUAGUAGGUAAGCCUUUGAGGAGGUUGACUAGGUCAUUAGGCAAACAAACAAGUGAUUUAGACAAUCCUGAUUUGGAGAAUAUCGAACCAUCAGAGCAUGCCAAUGAUGUUAGAAUGGAUGAUUUUCAUAGCUCUUCAGUUACAACUCCCAACAAGCGUGGACGGCCCAGGAAGUUUAUCCGGGAUUUCCCGAAAAAGCUGAAAGAGCUUCUCGAUUCUGGAAUACUUGAGGGGCUAACUGUUUACUAUGUUCGAGGAGCAAAGGUGAGAGAGCCAGGGACUAGAGGGCUUAAAGGAGUAAUAACAGGAACUGGCAUUACGUGCUUCUGUGGUGACUGCAAAGGAACUCAGGUGGUAAGUCCUGCGGUGUACGAGCAGCAUGCUUCUAGCACAAACAAGCGCCCACCUGAGUAUAUCUUACUGGAGUCUGGAUGCUCACUUCGUGAGGUCAUGAAUGCAUUAAAGGAAACACCCUUUGAAACACUAGAAGAAAGACUUCGUUUGUUAGUCGGACCAGAUUUCAAGAAACCUAGCCUGUGUUUCAUUUGCCAAGGUCCAAUGGUUGAGCCUUGUGAAACAAAGUCAUUAUUUUUGUGCAAGUCGUGUUUGGAGAGAAAGGAGCAAGAACCCCAUACCAGUCCGUCUAACGCAAAUUCUCUUAAUGGAUUUUCCAGCCCAUGUGUGACUAAGAAAACUAUCCCCGGUAGGCCAAUCUCCUCCACUCCUCGCCAAAGUAACAGGCGAGAACAACUAACCAAAAAGUCACCUGAGCCAGGUGUGGUUUCAGGGAGUGAGUCAAAAUCCAGCGCAAUCAAAAGCAACAGCCAUGGGAAAAUAACCAGAAAGGAUGUACGGCUGCACAAACUUGUUUUUGAGGAUGAUAUACUGCCAGAUGGGACCGAAGUGGGGUAUUUUCUCGCUGGAAAGAAAAUGCUUGUCGGGUAUAAGAAGGGAUUUGGGAUACUCUGUUCUUGUUGUGACAAAGUGGUCAGUCCUUCAACGUUUGAGGCUCAUGCUGGCUGUGGAAGUCGUCGGAAGCCGUUUCAUCAAAUUUAUACAACCAAUGGUGUAUCUCUUCAUGAACUCUCAGUAGCACUAACAAUGGACCAGAAGUUUUCAGUCCGUGAAAAUGAUGACCUUUGCAGUAUCUGUAAGGAUGGGGGUGAACUCUUGUGUUGUGAUACCUGUCCAAGAUCAUAUCAUAUAGAAUGUGCUUAUUUACCAAGCCUCCCGAGUGAGAGGUGGUCCUGCAAGUAUUGUGUGAAUAUGAUUGAGAGAGAGAAGUUCGUGGAGAACAAUCCCAACGCCGUUGCAGCUGGUAGAGUUCGUGGAGUUGAUGCAAUAGCUCAGAUAACCACAAGAUGCAUUCGAAUUGUCAGCUCCCUUGUGAGUGAGCUCCCAAGCGUAUGCGUGUUAUGCAGAGGCCAUAGUUUUUGCAGGUUGGGCUUUAAUGCUCGCACUGUGAUAAUAUGUGAUCAGUGUGAAAAGGAGUUCCAUGUUGGCUGUUUGAAAGAACACAACAUUGCUGAUCUCAAGGAACUACCUGAAGAUAAAUGGUUCUGUUCCCUUGGGUGCGAAAAUAUCAACACUUCGUUAGGCAGUUUGAUAGUUCGUGGAGAAGAGAAGCUUAGUUACAACUCUCUAAAGAAGAAGCAAAAUCCCAGUGAAGAAAGCUGUCCAGAUGACAAUACCACUCCAGACAUAAGAUGGAGGGUCCUUAGCGGAAAGUUGACCUCUUCGGAUGAUACAAACACAAAAGCGUUGCUUGGGAAGGCACUCUCUAUUCUUCAUGAGCGGUUUGAUCCCAUCAGUGAAUCUGGGACCAGGGGAGAUCUCAUUCCGGCUAUGCUGUAUGGAAGGAAAGCAAAAGGACAAGAUUUCAGUGGCAUGUACUGCACCAUGUUGACUGUGGAUGGGGUGAUUGUUUCCGUGGGAAUCUUUAGGGUUUUUGGGUCUGAACUUGCGGAACUCCCUCUGGUUGCUACCAGCCGAGAUUGUCAAGGACAGGGCUACUUCCAAUGCCUGUUUGAUUGCAUCGAGAGGCUACUUGGGUCCCUAAACGUGAAACAUCUUGUGCUACCAGCAGCAGAUGAAGCAAAAUCAAUAUGGACUGACAAAUUCGGUUUCACCAAAAUGACCGAAGAGGAGAUGAAAGAAUACAGAAAAGACUUCUCGGUGAUGGUCUUUCAUGGAACAUCUAUGCUGAGAAAGACAGUACCUGCCUUGAGUAAACCUGAGGAGGACAAUAUGGAGCAGUAAAUCAAAAUCUCAAUGGUGUCUUCGUUUUUUUUCUUUCUUUUUGGGUUUUUGAAAGUCGGUGAAUCGAUAUGAUGCCUUUUUUCUUAUUUAUUAUUCUAGAAUUUGAUAUAAUGCAGUUUGGUUAGUAUUCGUGUACAGGUAUUCCUCCUAAUGUGUUAUCUUUCUCAAAAAUUGAAAGAGAUAACACAAAAGGGGGAUUUUAGAGGAUUUGGUUUUUGGUAGAAGAGUAGAGAGAACAAGUGUGGGAAGUAAAUUAGUCUACACGAUAUAUUCUUUUGGUGUUUCUUACGAUUAUUUAUGAAGC